GUCCCGUCGGGGGCACUUCCGGCGGACGGUGGAGGCGCCGGGCGGGAGGCCGCGCUUGCCGGGGGCGUCGGCGGACGGCGGCGAGCGGGGUCCAGGGCGCGGCGGCGGGGGACGCGGGAGCCCCAGGCCGGCCCCAGGUCCCGGGAGGCUAUGGCCGCGGCCACCAUCGUGCACGACACGUCGGAGGCGGUGGAGCUGUGCCCGGCGUACGGCCUCUACCUGAAGCCCAUCACCAAGAUGACCAUCAGCGUGGCCCUCCCGCAGCUGAAGCAGCCGGGCAAGUCCAUCUCCAACUGGGAGGUGAUGGAGCGGCUCAAGGGCAUGGUGCACCACCACCAGUUCUCCACGCUGCGCAUCUCCAAGAGCACGAUGGACUUCAUCCGCUUCGAGGGCGAGGUGGAGAACCGCAGCAUGGUGCGCGCCUUCCUCGCCUGCCUGGACGGCAAGACCAUCAAGCUCAGCGGCUUCUCCGACAUCCUCAAGGUGCGGGCCGCCGAGUUCAAGAUCGACUUCCCCACCCGGCACGACUGGGACUCCUUCUUCCGCGACGCCAAGGACAUGAACGAGACGCUGCCCGGCGAGCGGCCCGACACCAUCCACCUGGAGGGGCUGCCCUGCAAGUGGUUCGCGCGGCGGGAGGCGGGCGGCGAGAAGCCGAGCGAGGACGUGCUGGUGCGCGUGUUCGAGCGGUUCGGGGAGAUCCGCCACGUGGACAUCCCCAUGCUGGACCCCUACCGGGAGGAGAUGACGGGGCGCAACUUCCACACCUUCAGCUUCGGGGGCCACCUCAACUUCGAGGCCUACGUGCAGUACCGCGAGUACGCCGGCUUCAUCCAGGCCAUGAGCGCCCUGCGCGGCAUGAAGCUCAUGUACAAGGGCGAGGACGGCAAGGCCGUGGCCUGCAACAUCAAGGUCUCCUUUGAUUCGACCAAACACCUGAGCGACGCCUCCAUCAAGAAGCGGCAGCUGGAGCGGCAGAAGCUGCAGGAGCUGGAGCGGCAGCGGGAGGAGCAGAAGCGGCGGGAGAAGGAGGCCGAGGAGCGGCAGCGGGCGGAGGAGAGGAAGCAGAAGGAGCUGGAGGAGCUGGAGCGGCAGCGGCGGCGGGAGGAGAAGCUGCGGCGCCGGGAGCAGAGGCAGCGGGACCGCGAGCUGCGCCGCAGCCAGAAGAAGCUGGAGAAGCUGCAGGCGGAGGAGCAGCGGCAGCUGCAGGAGAAGGUCCGGCUGGAGGAGCGGCGGCUGCUGCUGGCCCAGCGCAACCUGCAGUCCCUGCGGCUGCUCACCGCGCUGCUGGGCCGCGCCAAGGCGGCGAAGCUGCAGGAGCAGGAGCAGCGCGAGCAGGACCUGCGGCGGCGGCAGCUGGAGGAGCGGCGGCGGCUGCAGGAGGCGGAGCUGCGGCGCGUGGAGGAGGAGAAGGAGCGCGCGCUGGGCCUGCAGCGCAAGGAGCGGCAGCUGCGGCAGCGCCUGCUGAGCAUCCUGCUGAGCCGCAAGGUGGACGACCCGCAGGCGCCCGACGAGCUGGGCGUGGCGCCCGCCGACCUGCUGCAGCCCAUGCUGGACAUCCUGCAGUCGGUGUCGGCCGGCUGCGUGAGCGCCGCCGCCCAGCUGCUCCCCGGCGCCGCCGCGAAGGAGAAGGAGCAGGGCCCGCGGCGGCCGGAGCCGGAGGCCCCGCCCAGGAGCGUGAACGGCCGGGCGGCCGAGGACCAGGACCAGCCGCCCGCGCGCCCGGCUGCCCCCGACCGCGCCUCCCCGGAGAAGGAGAAGCGGUGCCCGGCCGUGCUCGCCUGCAUCCCCGACAACAACCAGCAGCCCAAGGGCGCGCCCCCCGCCUGCGAGCUGGGCGCGCCCCGCAAGGACGCCCUGUCGGAGCUGGACAAGUGCAACCGCGAGCCGGGCGCGGGCGAGGGCCGGGCCCGCGGAGACCCGGGCGGCGAAGACGGGCGCGCCCGGGAGGAGCGCAGCGGGUCGCGGCGGGCGGGCAGCCGGGAGGACGGGCGGCCCCGCAAGGAGCGCAGGUCCCACAAGAAGCGCUCGCACCAGGAGCACCAGGACGGCAGCCCCCGCCGCCGCAGCGCCAGCCCCGCCCACGCGCGCCCGCGCAAGUCGCACAGCAAGGACCGCGCCGGCCACCGCGAGAGGAGCCGCGACCGCGACCGCGACCGCCGGGGCAGCUCGGGCCGGAAGCGCAGCCGCCACCGCCGCAGCCAGCGGUCCCGCUCCGGCUCCCCCCGGUCCCCCGGCCCGCACCGCAGCACCUGGGACAGGUAAUGCCGGGUGGCUAUCCGCCCGCCCGUC